UAACCGCUGCUAGCCCCGGGGAUAGUUCUGGAGCUAACCGCUGCUAGCCCGCUGCUAGCCGACACAUCCAGGAACAAUGCGCGGCUGUGGCCCGGUGUCCGCGUCUCCACAGCGGCGGUAAAACACCAGCUCACCCCGCAGCCGUGGAACUCACCGUCCAACAGCCGCCGCUGCUCCUCCCGUUGUCCGGUUCCUCUGUGUUUUCACACCGGGAGGCUAGUGCUGCAGGACCGGGAGCAGCCGCGGGCUCGGCCGGGUCACCUGAACGCCUCACCGGACACGAGCUUUAAUCAUGACCGUUAAAAAGCUCCAGUGAGACGUUCACUGACCCGAGUCCUGUUCAUCACAUCAUUAUUAUCUGACAGUUUAAACACUGACACAUCCGGUUCAUCAUCAGGGAGGAGAACAACACGAGGAGCUUCUGAUGGAUCCACUGAAACUAUUAGAAAUGUGUCGCAGACACAACAGUUGGGAACCAGAGGAAAACAUUCUGGACCCCAGGUUACUGGCAGCGUUUCACAAGAGAGAACAAGAGCGGGAGCUGCUGUUCCAGAAGAAAGGGAAGAGGCCGAGAGGUCGACCGCGGAAGAUUCUGCCCGCACCAACCACGGCGAAGGACAGCCGCUCCUCGUCCUCCUCGUCCUCCGUCCUCUCGUCGUCGACCUCCUCCUCCUCAGAAGAUGAAGAGCACACAAAGAAGGCGAAGCCCGGCCCCCGUGUCCACCCCGUCCCCCAGAAGAGGCCCCAGAUCAUGCUCGCCAAACCCGACCCCCCCCUCAAGAAGAAGCGUGGGAGGAAGCCGCUCCACCCCGACGUGAGAGCAUUACGACAGGCGAAGAGCAGACCUCCUCCUCCUUCUCCUCCUCCUCCUCCCUCUCCCCCGCCGACUCCUCCUCCACGCCACCACCAGGUCCUCAGACCCUCCAGAGACGAGGCUCGGCCUGGCGUGAAGAAGCCGCUGCAGCCGGCCAGCUUCACUUACACCGGCCUGAGCAGGAGCUCCAGAGAUGUGGCCGGCUCCGCCUCCUCAGCCAGCAACUUCUCUCAGACCACCGCCGCCAAACCCGGAACGCUCAGCUGCAUCUGGACCAACCGCUCGCUGUCCUCCUCUGCUCCGUCCUCCUCCCACCACAAAGCCACUCUGUCACCACAAAGUAAGAACUCUGUGUCCGAGCUGAAGCGCUCCAUGUCAGAAUCCGGCAGCGGCAGCUUCAAAGUGUCUCAGCUGAAACAAAGCAGCGGUUCAGCAUCGAUGAGUCUUCACAGCAGCUUCAGCGGCGGCCAGGCGGCGGCGCAGCGCUCCCAGCUGAGCCAGAGGAGGCAGGACGCUGUCGGAGGUCAGAGCACAUUGGUUCAACACAAACAGCAGAGCUCCGGUGUCUCCAAACAGUCAUCACUGGCCACAUCUCGAGAACGAGCCAAUCAGGCGCUGAGCCUCCGAGCCCUCAACCUGCAGAGCGUCAGCAAACCACCGGGUGCUGCCGGAUUCCAGAGCAACAACACAGGCAGCGCUGCAGCGUCAAGGUCGAGCUUAAGGAGCGGCAGCAUCGUGAUUAAGGGAGGAGUGGCGAGUAUGAAAGAGACUCGAACAUCAGCGUCAGGGCAGCGUUCCGGUCUGACCGCAGGUGGCGCUGCAGAGCAGGGCAGGGGGAAGGACAUGCUGGCAGGAGGCAGCUCUGGCCGAGGGAGCAGCGGCGGGAGGCAGGAGGACAGGAAACACGGGCUGAACUCUCAGAGCCGGAGCCUGAACGAGCUCAGCACCGGAGACUCCGACGAGACCAGCAGCAGCGAAUCAGAGCACGGCGCCUCCCUGUAUCCCAGCAACAGCCGGCCCAGCCUCGGCAACAAUGCCACCGAAUCGGACACAGAAACAGACUGGCGGCCGACGCGGAACCUUCUGGAACACGUGUUCGUCACUGACGUCACGGCCAACUUCCUCACGGUGACGGUGAAGGAGUCUCCCACCAGCGUGGGAUUCUUCAAUCCACGAAACCACUGAGGCAACGUUGACGCUGCGGCGGCCCGCGGAGCUCUGCCGGAGCCGACGCCCUCCUGCUGCAGCUCUCAGGGUUCCUGCGCCGCUCGUCUACAAACAGCUCGUCACUCUCAGACACUUUUACUCCUGGAGACGUUUCGCAGUUUCAUCCAGUGACGUCAAAGGAGGAAACUCAACAGACAGAUCGUCAUGGACACGAAUCUCCUGCUGUUUGUUGAAACAUCGUAGGAACUCAGAUGUUGAGACGCUAAGUUCAGUCUGUGUGAGGAGGAGUCUGGUCAAGUAUUCGACAGCAUCACCACAGAAACAAAACACUUCAAGUGUUAGGGCCGGUUUAAAUCUACUGAUGGAUGUACGACGCCACCUCUUCAGUGCCUCAGGUUCCACUGCCGCCGCUCAGCUGCUCGCCAGGAUUAGUUUGAUUAGGACGUUUGCUCGUCGGACCUCCAAACACAAUAUGUGGCUUUAUUUUCCAGAGCAGCAUGUUUUGAAAAUAUAUUAAAAAAAGAAAAAAAAAAAAAAGAAGUGAAGUCCGUCUGUGAUCCGUGAACUUUGAACCAUGAACUGAUCCCACGUGGGGUUUUCAAAUCGUCUUUUGUUGUUGGACCAAAGGUGUUUCGAAUGUGAACGCUCCUGUUUUUAAUUUUCUGAUUGUUCCCUGAACGACGCACAGCUGAUUCCUCGCCCUGAUCUCUGUUCUGAGACGUUCCUGCAUCACAACAUUUCUCACUUUUAUACAGUUUUAAAACGUUUUACCGUCACAGUGUCUUUGAAAUAUGUGUUAAUUUAUAUUGUAAAUAUGAUUUCUGUUUCUUCAUGUUGAUCUUUAUCUGGUGCUCAUGUUGGUUUAUUAGCUUCGGACACGUGUAGCCUCUGAAAUAAACCAGAACAACCUGAAGUCUGUCUGCGGCUGCUGUUCACACCUUCACCAGUAGGUGGCUCUGUCAGGCAGCCAAUGAAGCUGCUCAGUGUCAGAGGUCAGAGGUCACGACACCAACUAAAGAUAAAUUCACUUAUUAUUAGAAGUUCAUGUUGAAGAACAAACAGCUUCAUCAUUAUUAUAGAAUUGUUGUUUUAUAAUGUGAGUAAAGUUAUACACCUGGAGGCCGAGUU